GUUUUUAGCAAACUUUUUCUCCACUUAUGGCUUUUCAGCCUCGCACUCAUAGUGGACUCGGUCGGUAUUUAGGUUUUUCGCACAAUCGUGGCCGUUUCGCAACCGCGCUAAGCUCAUGUUGGCGUCUCUCCGAUCUCGGUGUUCUUCUCUUCCCUCUCAUUUCACAUCGCCACCGUUACCUUCACUUCUAGAUCAGUCAUGGAAGCUCGGAUUUCCCGCUUCAAGCCGCCUCUUCGCUUCCUCUCCUUCUUUUUCUUCAGCCGCCGGCUCUUAUGAGGUUCUCACGGUUCCCGAAGUGGAGAAGAUACUCGCCGACGUGAAAGCUGAUAACGUGAUUGUGAUUCCAACGCAAAAUCAGUGUUGCUGGGCCGAUUUCACGAUCAUCGCCACCGGAAGAUCCGAUUGGCACCUGAAGAAUAUCGCUCAGGCUCUAAUCUACAGGGCUAAGCAGAAGCAGAUAGGAGCCAAACAUGUAAAGCUUCCUUCUGUACAAGGGUACAAUAGCAAGUGGAUUGUUAUAGACUACGGAAAGUUUGUAGUCCAUGCACUUGAUGAGAAGGCAAGGGUUUAUUUCAACUUGGAAAGCCUUUGGACUGCUGAAGCAUCAACUAAUGAUAAUUCAGAUAAGGAUUUACAAAAAGCUUUUGUAAAGGUCCGACCAAUAAACAACUCCAAAAAGAAACCAGCUAAAGUGAGUUCCUGAUCUGAAAAAGCCACUGUUGAACAAUUGGUCAUAAACAUAUUUAGUCUCUCGAGGGGUUGUAAUCCUAGACAGAUUAAGAAUAGGAUUAUGUAUUUCUUUCUACAUCUAAUUCUUUUUUUUAUUAUUGGUCAUCAAAGAUCUAAUAUUUCCUUUUUUGAUUUGGAAAAGGAAAUUAGUUGCCU